CGCGCGUCCAGGCCUCGCGCGCCGCCGCCCAAUCGCCGCUGCCGCCUGGCGCUCGGGUCGCGUCCGCCGGUCGCAGGGAGACUGGAGCCCGGGAGCCGCGCCGCCCGCUGCCAUGCGGUUCCGCUUCGGGGUGGUGGUGCCGCCCGCGGUGGCCGGGGCCGGGCCGGAGCUGCUGGUCGUGGGGUCUCGGCCUGAGCUGGGGCGCUGGGAGCCGCGCGGGGCGGUGCGCCUGAAGCCGGCGGGCACGGCAGCGGGCGCUGGGACACUGGCGCUGCAGGAACCGGGCCUGUGGCUCGGGGAGGUGGAGCUGGCGGCCGAGGAGGUGGCGCAGGAUGGGGCGGAGCCGGGCCGCGUGGACACGUUCUGGUACAAGUUCCUGAAGCGCGAGCCGGGAGGAGAGCUCUCCUGGGAAGGCAAUGGGCCUCACCACGACCGUUGCUGUAUUUAUAAUGAAAACAACUUGGUGGAUGGUGUUUACUGUCUCCCAAUAGGACACUGGAUUGAGGCCACUGGGCACACCAAUGAGAUGAAGCACACAACAGACUUCUAUUUUAAUAUUGCAGGCCACCAAGCCAUGCAUUAUUCAAGAAUUCUACCAAAUAUCUGGCUGGGUAGCUGCCCUCGCCAAGUGGAACAUGUAACCAUCAAACUGAAGCAUGAACUGGGGAUUACGGCUGUAAUGAACUUCCAGACAGAAUGGGAUAUUGUACAGAAUUCCUCAGGCUGUAACCGCUACCCAGAACCCAUGACUCCUGACACUAUGAUUAAGCUGUAUAAGGAAGAAGGCCUGGCCUACAUCUGGAUGCCGACACCGGAUAUGAGCACUGAAGGCCGCGUCCAGAUGCUGCCACAGGCGGUGUGUCUCCUCCACGCGCUGCUUGAGAACGGACACACCGUGUACGUGCACUGCAACGCCGGGGUGGGCCGCUCCACCGCUGCCAUCUGCGGCUGGCUCCAGUACGUGCUGGGCUGGAAUUGCAGGAAGGUGCAGUACUUCCUCGUGGCCAAAAGGCCGGCUGUGUACAUUGAUGAAGACGCCUUGGCCCGGGCAGAGGAAGACUUCUAUCAGAAAUUUGGGAAGGUCCGGUCUUCUAUAUGCGAUGUGUAGGUGAUGGAUCUGCCUCCCCUCCCUCCCGGUUUCCUGACGAAGCCUGGAGUGACGCUUGUAAAUGACCUAGAAACCAAGAAUCUUCCUCAACUGGAAAGACGAGUCUCGGCUUCUCCCCUGACCUGCCUUCUUUAGUCUGGCAUUGACUUUUGGUUACGCUCUGGUUGAGCUGUAUCUUUUUUGGAAUAUUUUACAAAAGAAGCUGUAAUUGACACACAAGAAAAAAGUCCACAAGCAGCUGGACUGUGCAGUGUGGUUCUGGCAUCAGACAGAAAGUGAAUGGGUGCAGUUCUGUGCCUGCAGGCGGCGCGGCCCCUGCAGCAUGGUGGCUGCCUUGCGGUACUGUGAAUGCACGACUGCCCUUGCUUGUUGCGUUGUGAGUUGGCUUGCGGAAGAAAAGGUUGGGAGUUACGUAGAUGGCAUCACUGUGUGUGUCCAUGCACACACAAACACACGCAUGCACACACACACACACACGUACAUACACGCUCAGCUUUUCUGCUGAACUGAGAUGGAAUUAUAAAGUAAAAGAGUUGGUCAUUUGACCAAAGAAGGGAAUAAGUGUGGGCGGGAGCCUAGGCUAUGAUAAAGUAAGAGCCUCAUAUGACCCAAAGUGAUGACUUUCUAGACUUUUUUUUUUUUUUGCAUUCUGCUUCAUGGUUGUUAACAUGUGUUCCAAGGACUCGCCUUCCUUCUCUACCCACAGCCCUGUGUGACAGCCUCAGUAGCAUUAUUACCUCUAUUUGUUUUAGCUGAGGCUCCGGAAGCAGAGGGAGCGUGCCCAAGGUCUCAUGGCUGGUGAGGGACAAGCUGGAGUUUAUCACCCUGGUUUAUUUGACUCAGUGCUUUUUCAACACAACCUGUGGUUUUGCCAGCACAAAGUUCAGUCUCUGUCAGAGGAAGGUCGAUUUUUUUGCAGCAGUUUUUACAGUAAGAAGUGGAACAGCGUUCUGAUCAGUUGCCGUAGAAUUCAGGAAAGUAGUUAUCCUAAUUUAAACCAUGGGGGCUGUCUCAAGGCCAGAGUGGCCUGAGCCAUACAUAGCUCACAAGAGGAGCUGUAUUCCCAAAAGAGCCCCAAGUGCCAAAGUCCACAGACAAUUGUUCCACAGUUUAGGAGUGAUAACAUAGGCGUUAUCCCUCAGUUUAAUACAAAACACAGUUACUGUGCCUCCAGACUAUGCAACUCACUAUCCUGGGUUCUCUAGGAAAUAUAAAGAUUAAUAAGAUGUGUCUUCAAAAAGCUCAUAGCCUAGAAAAAGCCCUGUGUUCAAUCAGGUGCACUGCAGGGUUGAACUAGUAAUGAUUUGCUGGAAUGCGGAAGGGGAAGUAACUUUUAUUGGGUACUUCUUAUGUGCUAGAUGCUUUAAAUCUUAUUUAAUGUAAUCUUCACGGUACCUUAUGAGGGAGAUUUUAUUUUCUCCAUUAUAUAGAUGAGGAGACUAAGACUCAGAGAGAUUAAAUCAACUGUCCUCUAUCACAUGGUGAAUAAACAGAUGAAAUAAGAUACAAAACUAGGUUUGUCUGACUCAAAGCCGAUACUUUUUCUGUUAAACUAAAAUGCUUAUUUAUUUUUCUCCUCCUCCUUUUCUUCCAUAAACAUUUAUUGAUAGAUAUGAGAGACUCUGAUUUAGGAAGUAUGGGGAAAAGCAGGACGGAAGGUAAGUCCCAGUGGAGUUCAGAGGAGGGAGAGGCAUCUUAUAACUGGGACUCAAAGGCGAUGGCAUUUAAUUUGGGCAGAGAAGGCUAGACAGUACACGUGUAUCCUACAGUUUUACAAAGUCAGAUUUAUAAGCCAGGAUUAAGUAAUGUGAAGUCUAGUUCUCUUGCUAAAAAUAAGUAGAAAUAACUACGGUAUUCGAGUAACCCAUAGUCAUAAUGUGUUAUGUAAAAUUUAAUCUUAAAAAUGGAAUAUUUCUAACUAAUUACAUAAAUGUGUGUGUGUGAGAGUUUCUUGAAUGUCUACGAAGUCCAGCUACGUAACCUCCACCAUAGAAAGACUUUUUUGGGGUGGAUUUUCCCCUUUUUUGCUUUGAUAGACAAAAUCAGUUUAGGGCUAUUGAAAAUGUUUUGGAAAAACUUCUCAUCCCCAGUGAAUGGAAUGUCCAAUGUAUUUCAAAAUCACCUGGAACUUUUGCUAAAUAAAAGCAUUAAAAAUGA